CGCCUCUUUCUUCGCCAUCAGUGCCGUUGUCGUUCGCUUCACAUGGAUUUGAUGUCGGAACAUUUUAUCAGGGCUGAUCUGACGGAACCGUCAUACAUGCUAGGAACCCUCCACGCUCAACAGCAAGGACAGCAAGUGCAUCAGGACUCAAUGCACAUGCAUCAGGCCAAGAUGGAGCCUCACAUCAAACGACCGAUGAACGCCUUCAUGGUCUGGUCCAGGCUGCAGAGGAGGAAGAUUGCGCAAGACAAUCCCAAGAUGCACAACUCUGAAAUUUCAAAGAGGCUAGGAGCUGAAUGGAAGCUCCUCUCAGAGAACGACAAGAGGCCAUUCAUCGAUGAAGCCAAGAGAUUGAGGGCCAUGCACAUGAAGGAGCACCCUGAUUACAAGUACAGGCCGCGGCGGAAGCCAAAACCUGUUAAGAAAGAAGGAUACUCUUAUCCUCUUCCCUAUCAGGCUUUACCAAUUGAUAGCUUCAGGGCGGCAGGAAUCAGCUCCCAGAUGUCGUACUACAACCAAGCUGCGGCAUACAGCCACCUCGGUGCUCUACAGCAAGGUCUUACAGCUCCCACACCUCAGAUGACGAGCCACAUGGACGCGAUGAGGUACACAAUGGAGGAGAGGUACAGGACGAUGAGUGGUUUCCACCACGACCCUGCCCAACUGGAGAAGUACUCCUCGCUGGAGAAGUAUCCUUCACUGGAGGCGGCCCGCAGCUCGGAAGCGGCCAAGUCACCAGAGUCCCCUUUGCCGCCUUACUACCUGCCACCCCCGCCGCUGUCCCCGCAUGACUUUAGGAGGCCCCUCACAGUUAUAUUCUGAUAGUGCAAUCACCACUACAUGUAAAUAAUAUACUUACUAUAUAAUUAAGCGUAAUAUAUUUAACAAAUGUAAUUCAAUCUUUAUGUAUAGAGUAAUAUUGUUAAUGUAAAUACAUUGUGUUGCAAAGUAUUCCAAUUCAGGCAAUGUACUCUAUACAGGAUUUAGAGAGAUGGAUAAUUUUAAUUAAACCCCUCUAUAUAAACAAACCUAACUUAUUUAAUAUAUUGAAUAUGUUUGAAAUUAUACCAAUGAAUUAACGAUGUAUUCAGUAAAAAUUCAGUAAAUCGGUAAAAAGUAACGAUGGAUACAGAAUUUUAUUUGCGAAUAACCUAACAGUACAUAAAUGGUACUCAACUGUUUUUGUAUUGUAAGUACGCAUAAAAGUGUUUGUUCACAGAUACACAAUGAACGAAUGUAUCAGAGUAGAAAAAAGAGGGGCUUUAUUAUAACCUCCACUAUGUCCCACGGAUUGUCUAGAUUCGGUCCGAAAAUAAAGUACCUAAUAUAUUAAUAUAUGACAUACAUAUACGAUAUAUAUAUUCAAAACCCAUUACAUAUUUUUAGGGAUAUUUUCGAUGUUUUGCCUUCUGUUUAUUGUGAUCCGAAUGUGUAUAAUAUUUAUUACAUAAUAUAAAAUUUAGAAUAUAAUAUUUAUUACAUAAUAUAGUUAUACAUUUAUUUAUUUAUAAAUAAUAUGCUUAUAAUAUAAUUUUUAUUACAUAACUAAUCAGAAUUGCUUUUGAUGGCAAAAAUUUACUUGUGCAUAUUUUGGUUUUGUUACUUAUAAUAUAUUUUAAUUCGAUUAUAACAACCAGCAUUGUGUUUUUCUUAUUCUGCACAAUGCUGACAAAAAAAUUAAAUAUAUUGAUUGAUAGUAACCUAGAAACCAAUGCACGACAAAGAAAAAAAAUAGUAAUAUAAAAAAAAAGUUUAUGUAUUAUGUAAUAUAAAUACUUGAGCAUAUUUUGGUUUUGUUACUUAUAAUAUAUUUUAAUUCCAUUAUAACAACCAGCAUUGUGUUUUUCUUAUUCUGCACAAUGCUGACAAAAAAAUUAAAUAUAUUGAUUGAUAGUAACCUAGAAACCAAUGCACGACAAAGACAAAAAAUAGUAAUAUAAAAAAAAAAGUUUAUGUAUUAUGUAAUAUAAGAUAAAAGUUAAAAUUGUUUUCGUUUAAAAAAUGUUUGGAAAUAACUGUGAGAUUAAGAGUUAUUUUUACCUAAAUAUCCAGGCGAACUAAACAUUGAAGCUUAGGUUCGAAGUACCUGUGAGUGAGGCGGAAUCAGACGCUGUCAUGAAGGAGGCCGAGGCAACCCAAGCUGCGGCUCGAAUGGACUGCUAUGACAAUCCCCCGUGCGCAGGCAACGAAAAAGGAGCAUGGGAACUGGUAACUGGCAGAAAACAGAAUAUUAUUGAAAACAGGGACCCGAGGAAACAGAAAAAACAGGAAGUAGUGGUAACUACUAGCAAUAGUUUCCAGGUUCUAUCUAGUACUAACGACAACUGCCAAACUUCUUCUGCUAAUCCACCAUCUAUUGCUAUAAAGAAUCCACCUCCCAUCUACAUCACCGGUGUUGAAAACUAUGCGGCUCUUGUGUCGUAUUUACAAUCUAAUUCAGGACCAGAUUCCUUUUUACUCAAAACGACUUCUAAGGGCGUAACUAUUUACACCCAGACCCCAAACAAUUACAGACAAAUAGCCAACUGCUUGAAAAACAGCGGAGCUGAAUUUCAUACGUUUCAGCUUCCUUAGGAUAGAAAUCCUUGCGUGGUGAUCAAAGACCUUCUUUACAACACACCAAUUGAAGAAAUUAAAAAAGAUCUCGAAAUAUUCGAAUACAAAAUUGUAGGUAUUAACAAUGCCAUCUCACAUUUUAAACGGCCACUACCAAUGUUUUUCGUAGAUGUAAGUAAGGAAACUUACAAUGAUAAAAUAUUUGAAAUAACUAAAUUAUUUUAUAAAAAGGUUACCAUUGAAGAACCUACAAGGAAGAAACACAUCCCGCAAUGCAUCAUAUCAUAACAAUACGGUCACACACGAUCGUAUUGCAACCACGCACCACGGUGCGUCAGAUGUGGACAAGGUCAUGACAGCUCCAUUUGUAGUAAAACAAGAGAAACCCCAGCCAAAUGCGCUAAUUGUCAAUGCGAACAUCCGGCCAAUUACCGUGGGUGUCAAACCCUUAGAGAUUUAAGGGUACAAAGGACCAAGAGGAAUCAUGCUCACCAGAGGGAAUCACCUCUUUCUGUAAAUCUUCAAAAUUUCCCGGAUCUUCCACAACCUUCGCAAAGCCCAUAUCAAGAGCAGAAGCGGAAGCAGAAGCCUCCUCAACAGCAACCUCCAGCGCAACAGCAGCCAACACAGAAGCAAAC